CGUCGUAACUCAGCUCCUGGAGCUGCCUCUGCUGACUGGUCCUUGGUGACAGGUUGCCCUCCCUGCCAGGAAGAUGUCCUCCUACGGAGCACUGCUGAGCUCCGGCUGCAGCGAGCCCUGCGAGGUCACCUGCCCAGAGCCCUGCAUCAGCUACUGGAACGAGCCCUGUGUCAGCUCCUGUGGGGACUCCAGAGCCAUUGUCUAUGCUCCACCUGUGGUGGUGACCUUCCCAGGUCCCAUCAUCAGCACCUGCCCUCAGGAAUGCAUCGUGGGCAGCACCAUGGCUGAGGGUGGAGGAAUGGGCUCUGGAGGAGGAGGAGGAAUGGGCUCUGGAGGAGGAGGAGGAAUGGGAUCUGGAGGAGGAGGAAUGGGAUCUGGAGGAGGAGGAUGGGGCUCCAGUGGUGGAGGAAUGGGGGGCUCCUGCGGGGGAGGCUUCUCCCGCCUGGGAGGCUUUUACAGGAGCUCCUUGUUCUCAGGCUACAGCAGGAACUCCUCUCCCCUUUCCUCCCGGGGGUACUACCGGUACCUCUACGGCAACUACAGCUCCUUCUAGGGC